AUGGGCACGAAUGAGUUGAAAACGAGUGCUUCAGUGCGGGCAGUGACCAAGGGCAUUGCAGAGCGCACAGGCUGGGCAAAGUUCGAGGACAACAGACGAUUCUUGGUGACGCUAGCCGAUACCCCAGGUUUGGCAGAUACGGAAGGAGAUGACGAAAAGAAUAUACCCAUCUUGAAAGACUACAUCAAUUCUGUCGGCACCCGUCUUGGUGUUACGGCGUUUCUUCUUGUCUUCAAGAUCGAUUCUAGUGUCGAUAAUAUCAUGGCGAUCCUUAAGACAUUCAAUGAUAUCAUGCACGAUUUCCCCAACGUCUGGGAUAAUGUAAUCCUAGUCUUCACAGGAUGUGAUUACCGCCGAGAAAUCCUAGAUACGAAGCAGCUGCUGCACAGGGAGCUCAAGAAGCAGAUCCUUGAGAAUAUCUUGCAGAAUCCGCCGCCGCGCCCGUCCGUUCCAACAGAACCUUCGACCUCUUCAACUGCAACAUGUUCAAGCAUGGAAGGUCCUUCGGGCUCCACCUCCAGCCCAUCUGCCUCACGCUCCGCAACAACGUUUGAAAACACCGACAGCGCUGUAGGAGUACCCAUGGUGUUCUUGACCACCGCUGAGAACAUCUGCCUCAUCGCUCUUGGAGGCGCAUGGUGCGAUUGUGAGGAGCAUGCGCAGUACAUGAAGACGGCUUUGAAGCGCCUGUGGUACGAAGCUAGGAAGAUGAAGCGCUGGGUAAUUGAUGCGGACGAGGGGGAUUAUGAGUUCAUAGGACACGCUUGA